AUGCAGAUGUUCGAUUUUAAAUCUCAAACCCACGCCACUCUGCCUUCGAUGUCGGAGGCCGGCAGUACCUCCGCCGUCGAGCGCAGCGAGCAGUCAUCGACAAAUGAGAUGGAAUUGUCGAAGACGAAGGAAUGGCCUAUUACGCAAGAGGUAGAAAGGCACCAGCAACGGCUUCAUAAGGAAGGGGAUAAACCCAGCAAAUUGGGGGUGACCUGGCAAAAUCUCACAGUCAAGGGCGUCAGUAGCGAUGCAUUUUUCAACGAAAAUGUACUGUCUCAGUUGAACCCUCUUGGAAAGAGCAGUGAUAAAAUACCCAAGAAGACCAUCAUCGAUGAAUCUUUUGGCUGUGUGAAGCCUGGAGAGAUGCUUCUCGUGCUCGGACGCCCAGGUGCAGGCUGCACGACACUGCUCAGCAUGCUGUCGAAUCGUCGCCUGGGUUAUGCUGAAAUUGAUGGACAAGUUUCUUUCGGCUCCAUGUCCAGCGAUGAGGCGGAAGAUUAUCGCGGCCAGAUUGUCAUGAACACGGAGGAGGAAAUAUUCUUUCCAGCUUUGUCUGUAGGCGAUACUAUAGACUUCGCCGCCCGUUUGAAGGUCCCCCAUAAUCUUCCAUCCAACAUCAAGUCUGCUGAAGAGUAUGCCCAAAUCCAAAAGGAGUUUCUUCUACAGACUUUAGGCAUCUCUCAUACGAGCACCACCAAGGUGGGCAACGAGUUCAUCAGGGGUGUCUCCGGCGGUGAAAGGAAACGUGUAUCGAUAUUAGAGUGUCUCGCCACUCGCGGCAGCGUCUUCUGCUGGGACAAUUCCACUCGUGGUCUAGAUGCCAGCACUGCACUAGAGUUUACCAAGGCUAUGAGGGCUAUGACCGACAUCCUCGGACUGACGACUAUUGCGACUUUGUACCAGGCGGGUAAUGGUAUCUACGAACAGUUCGACAAGGUUCUCGUCCUCGAUGAAGGAAAACAAAUAUACUAUGGUCCUCGAGAGCAAGCUGUGCCAUUCAUGGAGGAGCUUGGCUUCCACUGCGAUCCCGCUGCUAAUCAAGCAGACUUCUUGACUGGUGUAACAGUUCAUACCGAACGUAUGAUUAUACCAGGCCAUGAACAUAAGUUUCCGCGCACUGCGGAGGAGAUCCGAGCUGCCUAUGAUCGAUCAACCAUCAGGUCCGAUAUGUUAGCCGAGUGCAAUUAUCCAGAGAGCGCAGAGGCGAAACAGAAUACGGCCGACUUCAAGGACAUGGUGGCUACGGAGAAGGAUCCGCGUCUCCCAAAGAAAUCCACCUCGUCUGCCGGUUUCUACACUCAAGUUAAGACUGCUAUAACCCGGCAAUUCCAGAUCCUUUGGGGUGAUAAGUCAACCCUCAUUCUGUUGCAAGUCUCUGCCACUAUCCAAGCACUUGUUGGGGGUUCUCUCUUCUACAACGCCCCCGCAAAUUCAGCAGGACUGUUCCUCAAAGGCGGCGCAUUAUUCUUCUCCCUAUUGUACCCUGGUCUUAUCGCUCUAUCAGAAGUCACAGAUUCGUUUACUGGAAGGCCAAUACUUGCAAAACAUCGAUCUUUCGCUCUGCAUCACCCAGCUGCCUUUGUCCUUGCGCAGAUCGCCACUGAUAUCCCAAUCAUGAUAUUCCAAAUGACACAGUUUGGCCUAAUUCUUUAUUUCCUGGUUGGUUUGAAGGCUACGGCGGGGGCUUUUUUCACCUUCUGGGUCGUUAACUUUAUGACAGCCAUGUCGAUGACGGCUUUAUUCCGAUUCAUUGGCGCUGCAUUCCCAACUUUUGAUGCUGCAACAAAAGCGUCAGGACUCACCGUUGUCAGCCUAUUCGUAUACAUGGGAUACAUGGUCAUCAAGCCUACGAUGCAUCCAUGGUUCGUCUGGAUCUUUUGGAUCAACCCUAUGGCAUAUGGUUUUGAGGCCUUGCUUGGCAAUGAAUUCCAUGGGCAAGAGAUCCCCUGUGUCGGUCCAUACCUUGUUCCUAACGGCCCUGGGUACGGUCCCGACGAGGGUUCUCAAGCUUGCACUGGUGUUGGUGGCGCACGUGUAGGAGCGACCAGCGUCACUGGCGACGAUUAUCUCGCGCAUAUGUCCUUUAGCCACAGCCACAUCUGGCGCAACUUUGGAAUCAUCUGUGCGUGGUGGGUGUUCUACGUUGGUCUCACCAUAUUCUUUACAUCUAGAUGGAAACAGAUGGGAGAAGGGGGCCGUGGACUUCUCAUUCCGCGAGAGAAGCAGAAAAAGACACAGCAUAUUGUUACCAGCGACGAGGAGUCGCAGGCCAGCGAGAAGGGCUCAGCGCGGGCCAGUCCAGGUGAUGAUUCAGACGAAACCCUUACCGAUCAGUUAAUCCGCAAUACCAGCGUCUUCACCUGGAAGAACCUAACGUACACCGUCAAAACUCACACUGGUGACCGGGUUCUCCUCGACAAUGUACAAGGUUAUGUCAAGCCCGGCAUGCUCGGAGCCCUCAUGGGCUCAUCAGGCGCAGGCAAAACGACUCUACUUGACGUGCUCGCCCAGCGUAAAACAGACGGUGUCAUCCAUGGAUCUGUGCUCGUAGACGGCCGUCCUCUUCCUGUGUCAUUUCAAAGAUCAGCUGGCUAUGUUGAGCAAAUGGAUGUGCACGAGUCACUAGCAACAGUACGAGAGGCUCUGGAAUUCUCUGCUCUUCUUCGCCAGUCUCGCAACACACCACGCGCUGAAAAGCUACGCUAUGUGGAUGCCAUCAUCGAACUACUGCAGCUCCACGACGUAGAAAACACUUUGAUCGGCCGGCCUGGCACAGGGCUCUCCGUCGAACAACGCAAACGAGUUACUAUUGGUGUCGAACUUGUUGCAAAACCUAGCAUUUUGAUAUUUCUGGAUGAGCCCACAUCUGGGCUUGAUGGUCAAGCCGCUUUCAACACUGUCAGGUUUCUUAGGAAACUGGCUGAGGUCGGCCAAGCUGUUUUGGUGACUAUCCACCAGCCGUCGGCACAGCUGUUUGCUCAGUUUGAUACCCUCCUUCUCCUAGCUAAAGGUGGCAAGACGGUGUACUUUGGCGACAUCGGCGACAAUGCAGUUACCGUCAAAGGCUACUUUGCACACCACGGAGCACCUUGCCCACGCGAGGCGAAUCCAGCAGAACAUAUCAUCGAGGUGGUGUCGGGCAGUCUCUCACAAGGGCAGGACUGGAACAAAGUCUGGCUCGAAUCGGAAGAACACAAGAAGACAGUUGAGGAGCUGGACAGACUCAUCUCCGAAGCCGCUGCUCGACCUGCUGGUUACAUCGACGAUGGACAUGCUUUCGCAUCAUCUAUGUGGGAUCAAGUUAAGCUUGUGACGCAUCGCAUGAAUAUCUCACUGUUCCGUAACGUUGAGUACAUUGACAACAAGUUUGCCCUACAUAUCUUGCUUCCUUUACUCAACGGUUUUACUUUUUGGAAAGUGGGCGACAGCGUUGGCGACUUACAACUGCGCCUAUUCACGAUCUACAAUCUUAUCUUUGUUGCCCCAGGCGUAAUCGGGCAACUUCAACCACUAUUCAUUGACCGCCGCGAUAUCUACGAAGUGCGCGAGAAAAAGAGCAAAAUGUACCACUGGGCGCCUUUUGUCUCCGGUCUGAUCAUUUCUGAGCUUCCUUAUCUGAUUAUCUGCGCCGUCUUGUACUUCGUAUGUUGGUACUUCACCGUCGGAUUGCCGACCGAAGCCAAAUACGCAGGCAGUACUUUCUUCGUGGUGGUCUUCUACGAGUUCCUAUACACCGGCAUAGGGCAGAUGAUCGCCGCCUAUUCCCCCAACGCCGUGUUUGCUUCAUUGGUCAACCCUCUAGUCAUCACAACUUUAGUCUCCUUCUCUGGAGUAAUGGCGCCUUACAGCCAAAUCCAGGCAUUUUGGAAAUAUUGGCUAUAUUACCUUGACCCUUUCAACUACCUCAUGAGUUCGCUCCUAGUCUUUACUAGCUGGUCGACUAAAGUCACUUGCAAAGAAAGCGAGCUCGCAAUUUUCAACCCUCCGUCGAACCAGACCUGCGGCCAGUAUCUCUCGGUCUAUCAACAGGGAAUGGGCGCUGGCACUUCUCUACUGAACCCAGACGCAAUGGCAGAUUGCCGCGUCUGCCAAUUCAAGGACGGUGGAAGUUAUCUCAAGACCCUCAAUCUUGCAGAAGAGUAUUAUGGAUGGAGGAAUGCGGCGAUCGUCGUGCUGUUCUGUUUCAGCAGCUAUGCGAUGGUCUUCCUCAUGAUGAAGCUGAGGACAAAAGCUACCAAGAAAGCUACAUAG